AUGUCAAGUUCAGAGCAGCCAAAAAAUGAAAAUGUAUGCAUUUACAGUGACCUUAAGCCAAUUAAAGUAUUCGAACACCCAGAUCAAGUAUCAAAAUUUAUUUGGGGCGUCAAUUCCAAUAAUGUUAUACAAAUAUAUUCACAAAUUGUCGAAUUAAUAACAGCUCACAAAAUAAUUAUCGAAAUGGUACUUCACAUGAUUGAUAUUUUUUCACAAAUUCAUGUUAAAGAUAUUAAAUUAUUUUCAGAACUUUACCAAAAGAUAUCAAACACAUUUUCAUACAUCCAUGAACCGAAAAAUAAGUCAUUAGCGACGCUUCUACACUAUAAAGGUUUCAAAUUUGAAAACUUCAAACCUAAAAUGAAAGAAGAAAAAAUUCUCAAUAUAUAUUCAACAGAAUCUCCUUUAUACUAUAUUGCAUGGGACAAAGUUGAUGAUCUUAAGAGUAAAUUCCCAAAUCUUGAUAUUAAUGAGAAAAUAGAUUAUGAAAUCACACCACUUGAUUAUGCAAUUAGAAAUGGAUCAGAAUUAUGUUUCAAUUACUUGAAAAAUUUAGGAGCUAAAUACACCGAUAACUCCGAAAAAUAUGCUGUUCAAGGCGGAAAUAAAGAUAUUUUUAUGCAAAUGAUAGAAGAUGGUAAAUCAUUUGAGAGUUAG